AUGAGCUUCUCGGGACUUGCUCGACUCGCAGCCAUUGUAACCGUCCUGCUGGCCAAUGUCGACGGGCAGCUAGAGUUAGACAGCGAGAACUUUCCAAUCAAACUCAACUACCAAGAGUACAUUUCGCAACUCCUAUCAAAGCCCGAGUCGGCAGCUUCCAUCAAUAUCGAACAACUCAUUCUUCGCGGAGGUGUUGUGCCUCCUGGUACCAAGACAUACACGACGGGUGUGCGCUCUACAGCCAAUGGUACGGACUUCUGCGGUGGCUCCCUCAUCACGCCAUCACACGUGCUCAGUGCUGCUCACUGUAUGGCGGGGGAUAUCCAGUACGUUUCAGUUGGCACACAUUUCAUCAGCGGCACCAAGGAUGGCGAGCAACUUAAGGUUGUGAAUAAGGUACGUCAUCCGCAGUACGCGAGCGAGACCAACUCGUACGACUUUUUGGUGCUUGAGCUAGAGAAAGCCAGUUCGUUUCCGCCCAUUGCGCUCGCCACGUCUGAUCGCUCCAACUUAUCCGCUGGUGGCAAAGCGACGGUCAUGGGUUGGGGUGCUACUUCUCAAGGCGGAAGCCCUUCCAUCGAAUUACUUCGUGUCGACGUGCCACUCGUGAACAACACUGCGUGUGCCAAGGUCCUGGAAAUCGACAACACAAUGCUGUGCGCCGGCGGGGAACUAGAUGUCGACUCGUGCCAGGGUGAUUCUGGUGGACCGCUCAUUACGGAGCAGCCAACUGAGGACGUGCUCAUUGGUGUCGUGAGCUGGGGCAACGGGUGCGGACGUGCCGGAUACCCUGGCGUCUACGCUCGUGUCUCUGUGGUGACAAACUGGCUGUCCACAGUCGCCCCUGGCACGACGUUUCGUUAA